ACUUCACUGGCUGCAUGCUACUCGGCUCUGAAAGGACAGGGCAUUGCUGCUCGGCUGCUUCGUCGGCGUCAUUUCAUGGAAACUUACGCCGGAUGCUUUUAUGCUCUCUCAGCGAAACCUCGCAAAUAACUUCACAUAAAACUCAGGCAGUCGCAUGGGAUAGUAACCUCGGUUGAUCCUAACGACUCGUUAGCCAGGGGUGUUUUAUUCGUCUUUAGUUCGACAACCACCAAAUAGUACGACAACCACCAGUUAUUACACCGGCUACCACGCUUUCUUACGGUGCGCAACUAGUUAUUCGUACGACAGCUACUAGACUAGACAGCAGUCAUGGCAGGGCCCGCAUCAUCCCUCCCAUCGGCACGACUUCUAGUCGGUCAACGUGCGAUUCGUCUCCUUUGCCUUGCGGCGCUUCCACUGCUCUCUCUUGCGGAGAGCGCUUCAUCGUCCGAAUUCCUGCCCCCGCUCCCCUCCUGGCCGUCUGAGUACGCGGGGGUUGCACCGCUUCCCCCCGACGACUCCGCCGCCACCUUCCACGUGGCGGACUACGGCGCGCAGCCCGACGGACGCGUGGACAGCUGGAGCGCCUUCCGCCACGCUUUCGGCGCAGCGUGCAAGUACGCGGAGGCAAAGGGUGUGCGCGUCCGCGUGCUUGUCGCUCCGCCUUCCGCGGACACAUAUUCCGCCGGAAGCAGUUCCCCCGACAAAUCUUCCGCCGACGGCGCUGCGACGGAUUCAAGCAGAAUCGCCAGUACGAGAGGCGGUAGCGAGAGCACUCAGACAAACAAGCUUGAUUCGCCAUCGGCCAACGACUCGUCGCCAACGAAUAACGAUCCCAACAAUAGCGCGGACCACAUCCCCGAUUUGCCAAUAGCGAAUGUGACCAUGCCGGAUGUCAACGUUAACGUUGACGUCAGCAAUGGGAUCGUUAAUCUGGACGGGCCGCAAGAUCUCAGCGGAGGCGGCAGCAGCGCAGGGGGGAACAGCGGAGGGGGGAACAGUGGAGGGGGAAGCGGAAACGGGGGAAGCGGAGGCGGCGGAAGCAGCGGAAGCGGCGGAAACGUGGUGAGCGAUAACCUGCAGUGGCUGCUCAACCACCGCGGAUUAGCGAAAGCAAACCGCGGGCUGGCGGAAAGAGAGCUGGCGGAGCGGAACCGCAGAUUAGCGGGGAAAACUUUGGCGGAGCGGAGGCGCAGAUUGGCGGAGCGGAGCCGAGAGGGGGACAGCAGCUCCGCCGAGUAUUAUCUGGGCCGUUCGAUAACAGUCAACGGAUCGUGCGGCGCUGGUUUGACGCUGCAAAUCGACGACGCUACGAUCUACGGUCCCAAGAGCGCGGAGGGUUAUCCCGAACCGUCUCUGUACAUUAACGGGGAUAAAAUCGGCGUGGCGAGUAACGGAAUGUUCCGAUUCGUGGGGGUGAAGGGGCUGACCAUACGCGGUAGUGGCAGCCUCGAUGGGAACGGCGAGGGGUACUGGCACACGGAGGCGCACGACCGACCGCACCUGCUGUCACUGAUCGAGUGCCAAGACGUCAUACUCGACCAGAUCGCUCUGCGCAACCCCCCCAUGUACCACGUCUUCUCCUACGGCAUAGACGGGCUGUGGGUGCGGAGAUUAACUACCAAUGCGCCUGACGAGUCGCCCAACACGGACAGUCUUAAGCUGCUGGGCGUGCGGCACGCGCUGAUUGAGAACUGCACAUUCCACGGUGGCGACGAUGACGUGUCACUCGUGGCACGUGGCAGCCAGGCAGUGGCGAACGUGACGGUCCGGAACCUGAUCGCCACGUCAGGGCACGGGAUCAGCAUCGGGAGUCUGGGAGCGGGCGGCGCGGUGGCGUGCGUGUCGGAUAUAAGCUUCAAAGAUUUGAUUCUGUCAGAUCUGUCGAACGGGUUGAGGAUCAAGACGUGGCAGGGCGGGUUGGGAAUGGUGCGGAAUGUACAGUACGAGAACGUGUACAUGACAAACAUAGAGAGGGCUAUAACGCUUGACCAGUUCUACUGUGACGACAACCAGGACUUCUCCUGCGAGCAGUCGCCCACCAACAUCGCCCUGGUCAACAUCUCUUACACCGACGUCUACGGCACCGCCUCCAAGUAUGCGAUGGACAUGCAGUGCAGCGAUACUGUGCCGUGCACCGGCAUCUCCCUCGCCAACGUCAAGCUGGGCGGAACUAGCUCGAAAACCAAAGACCCUGUGUUUAAGAACAUCUUGUCAAGCCGUGCGGUUGGGGAUGUGGCUCCGCUGCCUGAGGGCUUGACCUCUUAUGAUGAGUGGGGUGUGGGCGCACCUACCGUGGAGCAAGUAGCACAGAUAAAAGAGAUGAUAGCUAAGUGUGCUUGAUUAUGACAAAAUUAUGUAGCUUGUAGCCACACUGUACUAUAAUAGUAAGGCAUUUUCCAC